UUGAGUGAAAAACAGGCUCUGAUCUGGCGACUCAAAAUGUUCACUCCGUUUAGAUAACUUUUGUACACUGGCGGACUAUUUAAUACACUGUGUGGUACACAAAGGAGACGAACAUCUAUAGAGUCCAUGCACCUUGAGGCAAAUCCGCGACUUUCCUCGAAUACAUCACCCAUAGUGCAGUUCGGAAGUUGUUGCCAGCGUUGGGGGAGGAGGAGCUAUUUAUUCUCAACUAAAACGCACCAGUUUUCUUAUCGAAAUACCAAGUCUCAGAUCCUUUUGCAAUUGCAAGCAAUAUGGAAUCCAGAACUGUCGGCUCUUCAGGAGUAAAGGACAAGAUCGACUUAUCUUUAGACGACAUUAUACGCUUGAACAAGAAACAGAGACAGGCGUCUAAAAAAGGGACAGUUAACCGUAAAGUCCCACCAAAAGGACGUCUGCCACAAGGAAAGCGUCCAGGACCAUCGCCAUCAACGCCAGGUGGCACGGCUCAAAGAGGGGAUAUAUCCAGAUUUGCCCCCCGUGGCCACAGAGGUCCACCAGCUGCUGUGAAACGUCGGCGUGCCCAAGGGGUCAUCACUGGCUUGGCUGCACGGAGGUCGACCACCGUUUUCAGAGGAAUCGCUCCCUUAAACCGACCUAUGGUAGAUCAGAAAACCAAGCCAUUUGUUCAUGAAAUGCAACGCAGGCGCAUAAAUCAACAGAGACGACCAUACAGGCAGACAGAAGCUCCAAAGCCCUCUCACACAUUUUCGCGCAAACCCAUUCAGUUACGCAGGACGGCACCACCCACUCAUCAAGUACAAAGGGAGGCUCGUCAAGCUACUUUCUUCUCUCGGAGAGGUCUUAAGGUUCAAGCUGCAGUUCCAAAGACCACAGCAGCACCUGUUGUGCACCAAAUGCGUCACAGAUGGCGCACACCAUCAACAGUUAACGGGAUCCUGACGGUCUGCAUUGAUAACCCUACUGCAAGGACACAGCCUGAACCAGCUAGAGCAUGGUCACUGCACCCUCAGUCAACACCUGCCGUGGAAGUGAAGGAGGAAAAGAAACCAGACAAGAAACCGCCUAAAGGAGUGGCUUUACAGUUCGACAUCAACAGUGUUGGAAAACAGCAUGUACAGCUAGAACCCCUCCCUGAAGAAAUUGAAUUUACAGUUCGGUAUCGACAGUGUUGGAGAGCAGGUGACUUUGUGUCUACUACUAUUACCCUCAAUGAACGAUUUCGCGUCUUGAAGGAGCGCCGAACGACUGCAGCUAAAAGCACAAAGGCCGGUCGAUUCGUCACUGUGGGCUAGUGACACUUGGGGACCCAAUUUUGAGACCGUUCCAAGACCGUAAGCAUCCCAGCCUCUUCGAGAAAAUGCAUCUGACCAAUGCUCGAUAAGCGAGGGUGGAGCUGGCGUUGUGGAGGACUGUGGCCAUGAACUUGAAGCCUUUCAAAUUUGAUCACUUUGAUGGACUUUAUUACGGUGGGUCGUAGAUGGUACAGUGUGCUGUCCUCACAGUUGAUUCAGGCUAUGACUGCAAGUGUUUUCGUUUGUAUUUGAAACUGCCAUUGGAUUAUUUCCUUUUUUCUAAACCAGAGACAUGGAAAGUCAGUGAAGUCUUUGUUUGUAUGAACUGGCACUGGAAUUUUCCCUGUUUUAUUUGUAUUUUAAACUGCCAGUGGACCUUUUACUUUUUAUUGUGUGUAUUGUAAACUGCCAAUGGAAUUUUCUUUUUAAUAUUAAACAUGAUGCACUGAAAGUAAGCGAAUAAUCUUUUCAACCAGUAAUUAACUUUUUGGUUUAAAUACAUUUUUCUAACGUGAUAUGAAGA